UACAGCCCGACAUGGGUCUUCGGCGAGGCAGCUCGCAGCCAACUUGGCCGCGGCGUGCCGCAGCUCCCCUGGUUCUAAGCCGCCCUCCCGCCUCUCGCAGCGGAAAUUGAGGGGAGGACCGGGUGGGGGGGUGGCCGCCGCAGCUGCCCUCCUCCUGCGAGCGGGAAGGGGGAGUCGUCCCUCUCUGCUCGGUCCCUGCAGUAGCCCCCCCUCCCUGCCCCGGCUGGCCGCUCCUUGCGCGCCAGGCCCCGAGCGCAGCCCCGGCGUCCCCUCCUUUCCCACUCGGAUGAUGGACAGGAACUACCCACCAGCCCCUAGCUACCCUGAUCCAUUGGGUUCGGCCGCAGCUGCCGCGUCUUCGCAACCCGCCACCGUCUGGGCCUAUGAACGGGGCGCCAGCAGCCUCAAGCCCAGUUUAAACUAUGGAGGAGGACAUUCAUCACACUCUGAAACGGAUCUUCUUAGACAAACGUAUACAACUUCUCAGCAGCUUCCUGUAUAUUCUACCACACCCCAUCCUUCUGGUCUUCCUGGAAUUUUUGAUAAUACUACGCACAGUGGCAAUAGCAACACUAAAGAAACAUCAGUUAUGAAUUUUCUCUCUGCAAUUGAAUCUCGCAAUACUCAGACUGUUUCUUCAGGAACAACUCUUUUACCACAAUUUAGGGCUCCCACAUGGCAACCAGGCAUGCAUUCAUCAACUGAGCUUUUUGUUACUGGAACCCUGCCAACAUCUGGAACCUUUCCAUCAACCUCAGUUUAUCAACAUCCCAAUGCUUUUAGCAGUAGAAACUUUGUUACUACCCCUUCUCUAACACUUCAGGAUACAACUUUUAGUGCAACCUCAAAUGGGCUUCUAGCUGCUCAUGACCCUUUAUUGCAGAUCAAGACAUCCCAAGGCACAGUUCCCCCUGCACUGACAUUUGAACGUCUGGGAAGUUACGUAUUAAGUACCACCAUACCACCACAGUCUUCAACAUACCGUUCUGCUCAAGAGUCUGCACCACACCUCCUACAGCCACAGUUCAGUUUAUUGCCUUCAUCACUUGGUGGAGGAGCUCAGCAGACUCCACAGGUGUAUAGCUCAACCCUGUUUACUGGUUCCACUGCCUCCAUUGAAAGAGCACUGCAGCGUGAAUGUAGUGUAAUUAAACACCAUCAGCGGCCUUCAAACACACAGUCUGUUCAGGCACAACUGACUGGUUCACAGCAUUCCUUACAGAACUAUUUACCAAGUACAAGUGAAACUGAUUUUCAGGAUGCAUCCCGCCAAUCAUCUUGUAGCCCAGCUGGUGAUGCUACUCAGGUGAGCAGUAGUGGUCCACAGCAGAAAACCUCUCAGGUUUCAGUGGAGCUUGCUCAGUCAUAUUCAUCAGCAGUUCCAUCACCAGGUUUCCCAUCUGUUUCCACUACAAAGGCAAAACAAUGUUCCACAAAGCAACCACCAAGGUCAACAAAGACCCCUAAACCACAAAGUGUAGCCCCUCCUGUACAGACACAAAGCUAUUCCAAAAUUGCACAGAACCAGAACUCUGUAAUAGCUGGUCAAGCACAAAUCUAUUCUACAGCACAACUUCCAAGUCUUUUGUCAGUAAGUCAGUCACAAAAUUAUGUUUCAACGCAGUCACAGAAUGUGCCACCUGUUAGUCAUGCCCAAGUAUUCUCUACCAUCAAGAUUGAGAAGCUACCAUCAUUAUACAAAACACUUGCUUUUGCUGGGCAAUCACAAGCUGCUACUUCUGAUAGCCAGGCACUAACUUACACUUCUGAUCAACAGGUAUUGACCUCAGUUUCAAAUAACAACUUCUCUGGGCAAACAAGGGAUCUUUCUUCAAGCACCCAAUCUCAAAAUUAUUCUUCUAGUCAUUCUCAGGGUAUGUCAACAGUUAGCCAGCCACAGAUUAGCUAUUCAUCUCAGUCGCAGGUCUUGUCAGUUGUUAGUCCUUCAGAAACAUUUUCUUCUUCUCAUGUCCAAAACUUGUCAACUACAAGCCCUCCCCAGAACUAUAUUUCAUUACAUUCUCAGGUACAAGAGUCAUCCUCUCCACAGUCUCAAAAAUUUUUGCCAGUUGUACAGUCAACUCCUUUUGAAGUAACACCUAAUUCACCAGCAUUGCAGAACAACAGAUCUUCCUCAGAUACAAAGUCAUAUAUUAAAAGGAAAUCUGAUCCUAAUUUGUAUCAAACAUCUAAACAAGAUGAUCAAUUUCCAGUGCAUGAUUUGCAGGCACUGCAACAGCAAACAUCUCUUGAUUCCUCUCCUCAGAGACUUGCUGAUGGUGAAAUUAAUGCUCAGGAUACAACUUACAAAGUUUCCAAAGCAGAUAAUCGCUAUUCUCAAAGUGUAAUCAGAAGUAAUUCUCGUCUUGAAGAUCAAAUUGUUGGGCUUACUUUUCAGGGGUCAAAAAAAGAUGAAACAAUGGUUAACUCAGUGGCACAAAUCAGCCAUAUUACUAAUACAGUGAGCCAUGAUAUUAAAAAAGCGACUAAUUUACUGUCAACAACGCAAGUAAAUGCAAACAAUAAAGAGCUUAGCCAGCAACAGUCUCUUAUGCACAAGGUACAUGAAGUUAAAGCCUCAGAGCAACAGGGUCAUGUUGUUAGCUCACCACCUCAGCUUCAUGCUCAGGCCAUACGGCAUAGCCAUCAGCUGUGCCUGCCUACUCCACAGGUACUUCUAGAGCCUGCCUGUGAUUUACAAAUGCUUCAGCAGUCAAUAUUGCAAUCUGGCUUAGGAUACACAAAAAGUGUUCCACAAGUGCCGCACCUUAUGAAUUCUCAGUAUCUACAAGGAGAUGGUCAUGUGAUUCAAAGUAACGGGAGACAUUCUCAGGAGCAGAUUCAUUCACAACACUCUGAAGUUUUGAAAAUUAACAUUUCUGAAUCAUCAAAGCCACUACAGCAUCAUUUGACAUCAAAAGAUAAUUUUGGGCAGCCAAAUCAUGAAUCUAAGAAUCAGUUUGUUUCCCUCAGUUCUGUAUGUUUUCCAGAAUCUGUACUUCUCAAUGAUGAAAGGAAUAUACUGUCUAAUGUAGAUGAUAUCUUGGCAGCCACAGCUGCAGCUUGUGGGGUAACACCAUCUGAAUUUGCAAAAUCAACAGCCAAUGAAGAUGAAAUUCAUUCGGCUGAAAAUGGAGAUAGUCCUAAAUCUCAGUUCCAUACAAUAGAUGUUAGACACGUGACUCCUAGCUUCAGCUCAUCACCUGCAAUUUCUGGAAAGCCACUAAGUGUAAACAAUAUUUCUUUAAAUGGAGGUCACAUUACCCUAAAUUUAACAGCAAUGUCUACAGUACAGACAAAAGGCAGGAACCUUGACCGACAACACAUUGAGAUUUCUGAUCAAAGUAUUCCUGCUAGAGUUACAACAGUUGAGCUUGAAAGAAGGCAGGAACAGCUUAAGCAACAGUCCAGCACCAGGAUUGAAUCUGAAGCUAAAAAUGAUGUUCAUGUGGAUGGAACAUUAAACAUGAAAGAUAUAGACCUUAUUUCAAGUACUAGGACUCUAAAUGAAGAGAUUGCGGUGUCAAACACAGAUUAUAACAUGGCAAGUGACAAGGCUGAAACUCCACUGCAACAAAUAUCUAUGCAGCAUCCAAGAAAUGAAAAUGUUAAUGCUGAAGACAAGAGCCAUUUUUUACCAGAAGAGGACCUUCAAAAGCAAAAGGACAGAGGACAAAAUCAAAUCAAAAAUGUCAAUGAAGUUGAUGCAAAUCAGAAGCAACUGAAACGAAGUGGGCAGUGCAAACGUCAAAAUUCAAGAGGAAUUGAUGCCAGCUUGCCUUAUUCUCCUGUUCCUGAAAACUGUCAUGAAACUUACCAACAUCAAGAAAAAAUGAGGCAGAAAAUUAAAGAGGUGGAAGAAAAGCAACCAGAAGUUAGAACAGGAUUUAUUGCAUCAUUUUUAGAUUUCUUAAAAUCUGGACCCAGACAGCAGUUUUCAGCACCUGCUAUCCGUGUUCCUAAUCGUGUGAGAAGACCUGUCACCCCCAUUAUUAGAGCACCUUGUCAGCUGUCAAUCUCAAAAGCUCAGACAGCAACAGUUCCUUCAUGUUUUGAUUACUAUGCUGAAAAUUCAAUUACAAACAAUUAUGAAGAACCUAAGAUAAAGUCAGAAGCCCUGCCUUUUUUUUCUUUUGAUAAAGAUAACAUGGGGAGCAACAAUGAUCACCAAAAGAGUGUAAAUUCUCCAUUAUCAACAACUGAUAGAAGGAUAAAGUCAGAAAUUGACAACACUGUUUCUCAAGCCAUCACUAAUACUGAUGUAAAGAAGGAAGCUUCCCAUGUGACUGUUACUGUGGCAGAUGCUCAGGUGAAAACCUGUUUAGCACAAUUUGAAAAGGAGAGUGUUGUUACAGACCACUUAGCAAAACCACAAGCAUUGGUUGCAAUAGAAGGAUAUGUUGAGGAUGACCAUGGAGACAGUGAAGGCGAAGGCAUAUACAGAGAGCGUGAUGAAUUUGUAGUGAAGAUUGAAGAUAUAGAACCAUUAAAGACUGCUUUAAAAAGAGGAGUAGAGCCCCCAGCCAUCUGGAAAGUUCAAAAGGCUUUGUUGCAAAAGUUUGUUCCUGAAGUACGAGAUGGACAAAGAGAAUUUGCAGCUACUAAUAGUUAUCUUGGGUAUUUUGGUGAUGCAAAAUCAAAGUAUAAACGAGUAUAUGUGAAGUUCAUAGAAAAUACAAACAAAAAAGAGUAUGUCAGAGUAUGUUCCAAGAAGCCAAAAAAUACACUUGUACAGUCUGCAAGAACUGCUCACUGUAAGCCAAGCAUGAGCAUCAACAAAGUUCCUGAUCCCCCAGUGCCAAAAACUAUUACAACAAAAGUCACUUCAGUGAAACCCAAAGCAAAACAGCCAAAGACAAAGGCUGAACCCCCACCAAAAAAACGCAAAACAUGGAAAGAAGAAUUGCCCUCUACUCCUCAGCUGCAGAGUGAUGAGGAAGACACUGAACCACCAGCACCUAUUGUUGCUCGCUUUUUAAACACCAGAGCUAUGAAGGAGACAUUUAGGAAUUAUAUGGAACUGCUUGUCAGCAUUGCCUUGGACCCAGAUACUAUGCUGGCAUUGGAGAAGAGUAAUGAUGAGCUGCUGUUGCCUCAUAUGAGAAAAAUUGAUGGCAUGCUGAAUGACAAUAGAAAAAGGCUACUUUCCAAAUUACGUUUAGAGCGACCAUUCAAGGCUGCUUUGGAAUGUUUUCCUGAACUGACAGUAAUAACUCGAGAUUCUAAAGCAAAAAUGGGGGCGAAUGCAGUUUCUAGAAUCAAAAUGAAUGGGAAAGCUUACAAUAAGAAAACACUGAAGAUUUCUAAAGCAGCCACAAAAUUAGCACAGGAGUUUGCUGUAGAUCCAGAAAAAAUACCAUUGUGUUCUUUGUAUCAUUCACUCCAUCAUUAUAAAUACCACAUGUUUCUCAGAUGUAAAGUAGAGAUUUCUUCUGUUCAAAAGAAGAAUGUAGAUCUAGGUCAAGAGGAAAUUGUACAGCAGUGCAUGAAAAAUAUAAAAUGGAUAGAAGAUCUCUUUGAAAAGUUUGGUGAACUUUUGAAUCAUGUUCAGCAGAAAUGUUCCUAACAAAUAUUGACCCAAAUCUCACUUUUUUUUUUGUUCUGUCCUACUCAUCAAAACAAUAGGCUGGUCAUGCCAAGCUUUAUUCUAGGUCAAAAGAGAUCAUGGUAUUCUGGGUUCCUUGGAUUCUAAUAA